UAAUUCUGUAUUCUUUCCUUCUCAGAUGAGCCCUGUGAAGAUCUAAAACCACAUAGCAGCCCCAGCCUGAGCCUCAAUAUGGACAACGAGAUCACAGCCAAGGAGAGAGGAGUACUGGAGGAGAAUAACGAAAAGGAGAUGAUGGACAGAUAUCAGGAGGAGGAGGAGGAGGAAGAGAAGGGUAGGAGGGAGCAGCUGGAGCCUCUGUCUGAGGAGCAGGAGCUGGAGGAGUUGAGGAGUCAGGUGCUGCAGCUCCUCCUGGAGUUAGAAGGGGCCAGGGAGAUAUCCAACAAACACCAGGAGGCUUUCCACGAGCUGCAGGGUCUAUUGGAGGAUGAGCGUUUGACCAGCGCUCAUCAGGCAGAAGCCUUCGCACGACAGGUCCACAACCUGCAAGCCCAGCUGCGUCCGGUACAGGAGGAGAUUGACUCUCUGGAGGAGGAGAAAGAGAGCAAACUGACCGAGGCCCACGAGGAGCUACGCCUGGCUCAGGAGCAGGUGCUACUGCUGCAGCAGGCGGCGGAGGAGUCGGCGGCUGAGAGGGAGAACGACAUCGCCUCCCUACAGGAGGAGCUUUGUCGCCAUCAGGCCGAGCUGGGGAGGCUCAACGAGGAGGCACAGGAGUACGAGCUAGAGAUCACCACGCUCCGUGCCGAGAUCAGCAUGAAGAGUCAGAGGAGAGAGGAGGAGAGGAGAGGAGGAGAUGUAGAAACACUGAAGCAGGAGUGUGUCACGUUGAGGGAGGAAUGUGAGACAUUGAAGAAUGACAACAGAUGUCUGACUGAGAGACUACAGCUACAGAGGACAUGUUCCAACAGCCACCUGUCCCUGAAGGAGGAUGGGGAGGACACCGGAAUCGGAGUGGGCACAGAGAUGGGGGCAUGGCUGAGAGCUACAUGACCAUGACAGAGUGCCAGUCAACGGUACAGCCACCAACUGCCGCCUGAAGGACGUGUCCAUUCAGAAGAACAUCUCGUUCGACGGGAAGCCCAUGACCCCCACCGGCUGGAAUGGAGGAUUCGGGAGAUCGUCUCACUGAGGGACCAGCUGAAACAAGCUGAGGAGAAGGCCUCACUGGUACAGAGACAGUGUGACGGUUUGAAGACCGAGCUGAGGGAGCUACAGGUGCUGUAUGACUGCAGCCAGAGGGAGAGGGAGGGGAUGGAGGAGGAGCUACUGCGCUGCAAGGCAGAGUUGGAGAGGCUGGCUGGAGGGGGGCAGAGCUACAUCCAUUCGUCUGAGUCUCCUGUUCUCUCCAUCCCCUUCAUAGGAAUGAUUGUAAUAUUGGGAGUGGUUUGGUGCUGGUUGUCCGAGCUGGCGUCACAGAAAGCAAGGUAGGAGGAAGGAUACUUCUCUGUCUGUCGGUCGUCUGCACU